AUGACCAAGGUCUCUAAGGAGUUCUCCUCUUCUGUCCAAGAUCAUAAAGUUCCCAGGAAUGUCAACCUAGAUAUAGGAAAUUUUAACAAUGCCAAAGGAAAAGUUUCUGUUUCUUGUCAGUGGCGAACUUGUCUGUACAAAUGUAUUGAUGCAUCACCUCUUGUGGUUCGUGCACCAGGGAGGUCUGAAGGAGAAGUUUUCAUUGGUUCUCACAGUCACAUGUUCAUGUGCAGCAGACUGAGUGAUGGCAAAGUCCUGUGGGAGAGUAGGCUGGGGGACAGAAUAGAAUCUUCUGCAGCUCUCUCACUCUGUGGUAGAUAUGUAAUAGUGGGUAAGGUAUUGUAUAUUGUUUUUUAAUUAAAUGGCAGGAGUUACUCGUGAGUAAAUAAGGCAUAUGAGAGAGAUGCUGUGAUUAUGUUACAGGAUCUGAAUACAUACUUUGAGUGUUUGUAUAUAGAACUUGUUUUUACUUUCUCUGGAGUGGUUUUUCCAUUACUGGUAUCAAGAUUCUCAAUGCAUGAGUAUGCAUUUUAAAAGAAAAUGUCAAUAUGAGGCUAAAAUACUGCUGAUUUUGUUAUUAAAAUUGUUUUCUUCACUCAAACUCUUCCCUACCCUUCCCUCCCCUCCUUUCUUUCAGCUUGAACUGAGACAAAUUAAAGACCAUGUCUUGCAAACAAUAUUAGUAAUAAUUCACAGUUUCUGGUGAACGUAGAAAGCUGACGUGGCCUCUGUAAUGAUUGUGAUGGUAUUUCCAAUGGCCUGAUUUGCUAUUUAUCUUAUCAAAUGGAACCUAAUAUUUGUUGUUUUUUAGGUUGUUAUGAUGGCCAAGUGUAUGUACUCAACCGCUUCACCGGUGAAACAAGUUGGACAUUCCAAACGGGAGCAGCAGUGAAAAGUUCUCCUUGCAUUGACCCCCAGACUGGGGUGGCCUGGGUUGGGUCACAUGAUCACUAUUUAUAUGCUCUUGAUGUCACAAAUAGGCAGUGCAUUUCUGCAACACACUGCGGUGCAGGAUCUUGUUUCAGUUCUCCAUGUAUAAGUAAGAAACCUCAUUUAGUAUUCAUUGCUACACUAAGCGGCCGUCUUCUUGCAAUUGAUGCUACUGAACAUACAAUAAUUUGGAGUAAGCAGUGUCCUAAGCCAGUGUUUGCAUCACCGUUAUUGACACCCAUUGGUAUAGUUUGUGCAUGCGUGAAUGGGUUUGUUUAUUGUUUUGACUUCCAGGGUAAUAAGCUAUGGGAGUUUGAGACACAAGCUUCAGUGUUCUGUUCAGCGACUUUGUACCAUGAUGUAAGAUAUGGUUCCAGGAUCUCACACUGUAUUUUUUUUGGCUCACAUGACAAAUCUGUGUAUUGCUUGUCACUAACUGGUGAGCACUUGUGGAGAUUUACAACCGAUGGACCUGUGUAUUCAAGUCCUUUUGUAGCCAUGAUUGAGGGAAAUACGUCUUGUCACACAAUGUGUAAUGCAAGGCCUUGUGAUGCGCAUGACACUCAAUUAGCAGUGUUUGCUUUGUCGAGUGUUGGAAGCCUGUAUAUUCUGGAUUUUUAUACGGGAGUUCUUUUAGCUUUGUAUUCAUUGCCUGGUGAAGUAUUUUCUUCACCUGUUGUGUUUGACAAUCAAAUUCUCAUUGGCUGUAGGGACAACUAUCUCUACUCACUUGGAAUAUUAACCCUUUAACUUCCCAAGAUCUCAUUAGUAAUUCUCCUUACUGUCUGCCAUAUAGUUCUUAUGAUGUUAAUUUGGAGAAUUUGGUAUUGGAUCUACUAAUAAUUCCUAAUUAAUAUUUUUUCUUCUCAUCACUUGUCUGCCUGAUAUUGUAUUGAUAUUGUAUGGAGAAAUUCUGUCUUGGUCACUUGUGGGCGUUAAAGGGUUAAAUGAAACUAAAGAGUAAGUAGUAACAAUGUUGACUAUAAAAAAUAUUUUUAUUUUCUUUUUACUCAUCUAAAAAUACAGCUAGAUUUUC